AUGCGUGACGCGAUUGCAAACUUGCAAUCCGUCUACAAGCGCCUAGGGCGCGUGUUUACCGAUGGGCCACAGGACUCAUCGGAUGGAUACGCUCCACUAGAAAGCGUUGAUCACCUUGAGCAUCCACCAAAGGAUGUGGUGGAGGAGGAAAGACCUCCUCCAGAUGAUUCGGUUCACCAUCUCGACCCUUACGAGAUGGAUCGCGCAAUCGAUGAAUUGCGCGAUGACUUGAAGCACGAGCGCGACCGGCGCUACGCUUUAACCGAUACCGUGCGGAAGAACCGCAAGGGUCACGAGGCUGAUCGGGCGAGGGAUCGCGCCGAUUAUGCCACGGCGCAGCUUCAGGUCGAGCGGGAUGUCCGCUCCCUAUUCGGCGAGCUGGCGACAGCUCGCGGGGAGAUAUCUCGGUUGAAUACCGAGGUAUCAUAUCUGCGCGACCAGACGGAUCGUCUGGAGCGCGAACGCAAGAACUUGAUGGAUGUUCUUGAACGUGGGGGCUAUCUUCAUCGGAAGAAGAAGGCUCGUACUGACAGUACGACCUAA